AUGGAAAAAGGAGUUCUAGUCUGUUUAGCCCGAAAGAAAACAUCACAAGCACUACCAUCUGUCUUUUCUGAAGGUUUCAAUGUACGGAAGGAUAAGCAAUAUUAUUUUCAAGGUAGCGAAGUGGUUCGAGAAAAACGUUUCGUGUGCUAUAGGCAUAGGGAAAAAGAUGAAAGGCUAAGAAAAUCCAAUAAGGUGUCAUGCAGUCAUAUUGACACGCUAUCAAAAUGUCCUGCAAUGAUAAUCUUUAAGCAUCAAAUUCCUAAUAGUCCUUUCACAGUGGAUAGAUUUAUUAAAGAGCAUAACAAUGAGAUGGCUUCACCAAAAAAUAGACAUUUGUUAAAAUCAACUCAUUCUAUAACUAAAGCCAAAAAGCUAGUUAUUGAAAAUAUGGUUAAUGCUAGUAUAAAGCCAACUGCAACCUAUUCUUACUUGGCAGAAGAAGCUGGAGGGGCUGAUGUUUUAGGCAAUUCAAAGAAAGAUUGUUUUAAUUUUAUAAACCAGUUGAUGAAAUCUAAGGUGGAAGCUGGGGAUGCUUAA